UGUCCACUGAGGAGAGACAGAACAAGAGAAGGGAGGAUAGAAGAAGAAGAGACACCUGAGAAAAGAGUGAGACAAAGCAAGACAGAAAUUCAGCAUCAGGAAAUUGGGAUUUAGUAGAUGAUUAAAGGAGAAUCCCACCAGAGAGCUGACAAAUAGACAAAGGCUGCACAGAAGGAAGAAAGUGAUUCUUCAGAGAGAGACUUUAAACUUCUGAUCUGUGUGGACGGACCGUCUCCAGUAUGUUCCUCCUUCUCUCGCUCUGCAUGUGUGGGCUCCUGCUGCAAGGUGACGCACAGGACCGAGCUGCUCUGUGGAGAGGAAACGACCGCAGUGGAAGAUGCCAGUACACCUUCACUGUGCCCAGCCCUGUCGAGGCCAGCUGCCCGCAAACCGGGGGCCCCGAGAUGGAGGGCCUGAAGGCUAGACUAAGCCUGCUGGAGGCGCUGGUGUCCCGACUGACCGGAGGGGACACUGCAGGUUCCCAAGGGGCUGGAGCUGGAGCCAGAGCUCAGUCUGGGCUUCAGGAGGCUCUGAACCGGGUCACGGGGGAGAGGAACCUGCUGCAGGGGGCGAAGGAGCGUCUGGAGAAGGAGCUGGAGGGGCUUCAGCGCAGGAUGGAGGAGAUGAGGAGGGAGACGGAGAGGCUGAGGAACAGACCCUGUCCUCCACAGACCCCCGUGGUGCCACCGAGCCCCCCUCUGCAGGACAGUGGCCUGACAAGACCUGCUGGGGGUUCCAAUCCAAUGUCUCACCUGAUGACCAGGCCCAACAGGCAGGGAGACAGCAGUAGUUUGAGAGACUCAGCGUGGCAGUACGGACCUCCGGGCUUCCAGGAGCUGAAGGCCGAGGUGACAGAGGUGCCAGCUCCUGAUGGAUCUGAGGACAACACAGGUUGUGGGGAGCUGGUUUCUGUUGGUGAGCCGGUCACACACAGGAAGGCAGACAACAUAGCAGGUAAAUACGGUGUCUGGAUGCAGGACCCUGAAGCCGUCUCGCCUUAUGGACCCAGCAUGGUGUGGCGAAUCGACACCAUAGGCUCUGACGUCAGGCAGCUGUUUGGAUAUGACGACAUGGAUCAACUCGCUAAAGGCUUUCCAUCUAAGGUCCUGAUAUUGCCAGAGCUGGUGGAGAGCACUGGUGCCACUCUGUACCGAGGCUCUCUGUAUUAUCAGAGGCGUCGUAGCCGCUCCAUCAUCCGCUUCGACCUGGCCUCUGAGACCACCGCUGCCCGUCGUGACCUCCCCCACGCCGGCUUCCACGGCCAGUACCCCUACUCCUGGGGCGGCUACACGGACAUCGACCUGUCUGUGGAUGAGAAGGGGCUGUGGGCCGUCUACUCCACCAGCAAGGCCAAAGGAGCCAUCGUGAUCUCGCAGCUGGACCCACACAGUCUGGAGGUGAAGAGGAGCUGGGAGACCAACAUCAGGAAGAACUCUGUAGCCAACUCCUUCAUCAUCUGCGGCAAGCUGUACACCGUGGCCAGCUACACGGCGCCCGACACCAUCAUCAACUACAUGUACGAUACUGAAACCAGCCAGGGGAAGUCCGUCUUCAUCCCCUUCAAGAACAAGUACCGCUACAACAGCAUGAUCGACUAUAAUCUGGCCCAGAGGAAGCUGUUCGCCUGGGACAACUUCCACAUGGUGUCCUAUGACAUCCGGCUGGGGCGCCAGCAGGCCAACUAGGGCCGCCAUGAGUGACUGCUGAAAAGCGACAUUUGCUCACCUGUUCCUGCUUCAAAGACUCAAAGCAUUAGAGCAUAAUGUGUGUGGUAGUCGUAGUUACAAAGACAACACCAUCAGCGUGUAGAAAGGCCUAACUACCAAACUCCAACGUGAAAUGAAGACGUUUCAGGAACAGUGUCCCCCGCAGGUGUGCUUUUUAUUUUUAUUUUCUUCAGUGGGAGGGCUUUUGCUGUGGCACGGCCCACAAGCAUGUUUGUAGAGGAAUUAUUUUUGUACUGCCUUUAAUUCAGAUGUAUAAUUUUGUUGUUUUCUUGAUAAACUAUAUAUAUAUUUGAGGACUGAAAGAUUAAUGCAUUUUAUUACAAGCUAAGUGGGAUAAUCAAAGCAUACAACUACCAACACAAACUCCUGUGGUACUACACGCCCUGCAGUGUUUCACCUGUCAACAUCUUGUAUUAAAUAAACCGCUCUCUCACUCAGCAUGUAUUGAAUAUUGCAUGUACUUGUACACUGUAGUCAACGCAAUGACAUAAUGUUCAAAUGAAAUAAACUUCUUCCUAAAUUACAA